UAUUAGUUAUUUAAUGCAACAACUGAAAAUGAAACAAUUCUAAGCCUGUGAUAGUGCAGAAAGAAAAACGAAAGUGAAGUGCAGUGUAGGCGCCACACACACAAAAUGGACGUCAAAGAUAUCAAGGGCGCCAAGGUGACCCAUGCGGGCCUGCUUAAGCACAACUCCGAUGGCAGCACGGAGACUCAAAAGAUUACGCAUGCUGGCCUCGUGGCCAGAAGUCCCGAAGGCACCGCCGCCAAGGGCAUGAACAUCAGAGGCAACGAGGAUCUAUGGGUGGAGAUCCAGGCGAACACCUUUCGCAACUGGGUCAACGAGCAUUUGCGCGAAACGGGCAUGCAGGUGCACGAUUGGGCAACGGACUUUUGUGAUGGCACCUGCCUCUGCGCUCUGGUGGAGAACUUGCAGACGCGCCCGCUGAAGCCCAGUUGGAACCGUCGGCCCGCCAAUCAGCAUCAUUACCUGGAGAAUGCCACGACGGCGCUCAAGUCCAUUGAAGCGGAUCACAUCAAGCUGGUGAACAUUGGCAAUGUGGACAUUGUCAACGGCAAUGUUAAGCUCAUACUGGGCCUUAUCUGGUCACUCAUUGUGCGCUAUCAGAUCGGACGCAGCAAGUUUCCGCCUCGCAAGCUUAUGCUUGCUUGGCUCCAGGCCGCCUUGCCGGACUGCAAGAUCACCAACCUGACCACGGACUGGAAUAGCGGUGUUAAUCUCGCCGCGCUGCUCGACUACUGCCAGCCAGGCCUGUUUCCGCACUGGCGUAGCCUCGAUCCUAGUCAGAGUGUGCGUAACUGCACCAAUGCCAUGAAUCUGGCGCAACGCGAAUUCGGCGUGCCAAAGGUCUUGGAGCCCGAGUAUCUUGCCUCUCCUUGGCUGGAUGAGCUCUCCGGCAUGACCUACUUGUCGUACUUCAUGAAGCCGGGAGGCCCAGGCUACAAUGCAACCAUGCGUUGGGUCAAUACGCAGGUCAAGGCGCCUGUGAAGAACUUUACGACCGAUUGGAAUGAUGGGCGCGUAUUUUGUGAGAUAAUCAAGAAUUUGGGCGGCUCUGCACCGGCUCCGGAAAAGCUGAGCACGGAUCCCUUUCACUAUGAGAACAACAUACGCAAGGCGGUGGAUGCGGGCGCCAAAUUGGGCGUGCAGCCCAUACUAACGCCCAAGGACAUGGCCACUCCGGAAGUUGAGCAUCUGGGCAUUAUGGCGUAUGCAGCACACUUGCAGUGGGUGCCGCCGCGGCCACCGCUCUCCGACCUGGUUAAUGUUUAUCUCGAGAGCACUUCCGGCCGUGUGGGCGAACCGACGCAUUUCCGGGUGGACGUGCUAUCACGGGACAUCAGUUUGAGCUCGGUGCGCUGCCAUGUGGUGCCGCCUUCCGGCCAGCCGGCGCAGUCGGUGCGACUGAAUGCACAUGGCGAGGGUGUCUUUGUGCCGGAGCGCUAUGGGAUGCAUGAGAUUGUCGUGGAAAUUGGCGACGACAGCCUGGGAGGACACUUCUUCCGCGUGCUGCCGCGCCUAUUGCAGGUGGCGCCUCCUGGUAUGGCACCAUGUGCUUUAGGUAGCCUGGUCGAGGUGCUGGUAAAUGCUACUGGCGCUCCCAAGACAGAGGAUAUUCUAGUGACUGCGGUGUCGCCCACCGGCAUCUCGCACAACUGUCCGCUGAAGAAAAUCGACGAGGGACACAGUGCCAUAUUCAAGCCGGACGAGGCUGGCAUCUGGGAGAUAGCAAUCACCUAUCAGGGUAGGCACAUACAAGGUGGCCCCUUCACUUGUGCCGUAUUCGAUGCAUCUGGCGUAUCCGUUCAUGGCCUCGACGGCGCCAUGCCGCUGCGGGCGCACACCUUUGAGGUGGAUGCACGCGGCGUUGGCGUCAGCGGCGAGCUGCAUGUGGACAUUGUGCAUGACAAGCACUCGCUCGUCUGCUCGCUGGAGAAGAUUGUGGAGAACAAGUACCGGGUCAGCUUUAUGCCACGCCAAAAUGGCAAAUACCGUGUCUACAUAUACUUCAAUGGUUACGAUGUCAAAGGAUCGCCCUUUAUCAUGCGCGUGGGCACCAAGGGCCGUUCGGGCAAGACGCGCAGUAGUCCGCUGCAUGAGAGCAAGCAUCGCUCGGAGAGUCCCUCGAUGCACUAUGUGUCCAGCUCGAAUACGAGACACAACGACUAUCGCAAUGCGUCGCUCUCUCGCCGGGAUUUGGAGCGCACCAGCAGCUACUCGCCGCAGUAUUCGCCCAAGCUGGACACCACGGAUUAUCACACUUCCAGCUCGCGCUACUAUAAGCGCGAGAGCGAGGAGCAGCAGGCCACGCCCACACCACCGCCGUUGCCCAAUGUGAAAUACUUGAACUCCCACGAGCUCUAUACGGAGAGUGCCCGUCGCGACUCGAAGACCUCCAAUAGCAGCUCCACCAAGAACGAUUACUACUACGACAAGGAAAACGAACUCUAUAGCCAGCGCCGCGCUGUGACCAAGCCCAAGCUGACGCCGCCGCGUGAGGAGCGCUCGUUUAGCUCCCACCCUAGUCCCCCACUCAAUACGCGCUCCAGCGAGAUGCAUACGCACAGCCCUUUGACCAUCAAGACCUCGCAGUACGAGAGCUCCUCGCGUAAUGUGAACAGCAGUCCGCGACACGCCUCCGCCUCGCCUGUGCAGCGUUACUCCCCCAACAGUGCCUACAUUACGACGGCGACGCAUCGCAUGGGCAGUCCAGUGACCAGCAGCUUAGCCAAGAACGGUUACGAGUCCACGCGCACUGUGGAGAAGAGCUCAACCUACAAAUCCACCUCGAACUAUGUAACGGACUCCAAUGUACGCUCCAGUCCUUCGCUCUACGGCACCACUGAGCGUCUGCGCAGAUUGGGUGGCGCCUCGCCGGAGGAGCCACGCAUCGAUCACAGCUCCAAUGUGCGUGUAUCUUCCAUGAAGCCCGCGUCAGCGCGACGCGACAGCUGGGAUGUGAUCAACAAGACCAAGCAUAUGCUCUCGCACAACUCGCUCGAGUCGCUGGCCAACAUGACCGAGACGCAGCUCAAUACGGAGCUCAACUAUGCACGCCCCGAUCUGGACAAUGAGACCCAACGGAAUACGCAAUACAACAAGUAUGCGCUGCUCAAGCAGCAGCAGCAGCAGCAACAACAACAACAGGACUAUCGGCGCGACUCUACGGGCGACGCGGAGCGUUAUAAACCCAGUGCCAUCACCGUCAAGUCGCAUUCGAAUAAUACGUAUACGGAUCGCUCGGGUGGCUACACCAAGACCGUCAAGGAGUCCAGUGAGCAUGUGGUGACGGAGAGCAACGGCCACAGUCCUGGCUACAGCUCACUCUCUAGAUUUCGCCCUAUAGACAACAAUGCCACUGGCGCGAGAGCUAUACGUGUUCAGGACAUACCCAAUGGCUCCAUCGGACGCCCUGUGGAGUUCGAAAUCGACGGCUCGAAGGCGGGCUCCGGCAAUCUAGAGAUACUCGUCAAUGGCGGACGCGUCACCUCGUCGGUGCGCUCUUUGGGUGGGCAGCGCUUCAUAGCCAGCUUUACGCCGCACGAACAUGGAACACACACCGUACAAAUUACCUUCAACGGAGAGACCGUUCCAGGUUCACCGUGGCACGCUGAGAUCAUGUCCUCACCGGGAUUAACUGCACUGGGCGAGUCCACGCGCCUUGUGCCCGCCAAUACGCCGGCGGUUUUUGAGAUACUGCCGCCUCCUGGACAAACCCUGAGCAAGGGCGAGUGCGUGGCAACGGUUUUGACGCCCAGCAAGUCGAAGCUGAAUGCCAGAGUCACCCACGAGGCGGCAAAUGGUGCUGCGCGCAUUGAGUUCGUACCCACCGAGGUGGGCACGCACAUCAUUGACGCGUCCAUCAAUGGCACGAAGAUAGCUGGCGGUCCUUUGAUAGCAAAGGUCUACGACGCCAGCCUCAUCCAAGUGACCGAAGUGAACGGCGGCGUAGUCGGCCAGCCGUGCCAGUUUCGCGUCGACGCCAGCGCCGCUGGCGAAGGCCAACUGGAGAUAUCGAUAAACGAGGGCGAAGUGCCCAAUCACGUCCAGGUCGUUGGCGGCGGUCGCUGCCUGGUCUCCUUCACUCCCGAGCAGGCCAAGUCCCAUCUAAUUGACAUUAAGUUCAAUGGCGAGACGGUGCGCGGCUGUCCCUUCGUCUGCGCGGUGGCCGACACAUCGCGCGUCCUGCUCAAUCUGUCCAAUCUGGAGCUCAUUCCCGUCAAUCAGCCCUCCUCGUUCCACAUCACCGUAAGCGGCGGUGGCGCCGCUGAGCUCGCAGUCAGCGUGCGUGGCCCACUUGGCGAGCUGCCGGUGCGCGUUACUGGCGACAUUCACGCCGGCUUUACGGCCGAGUUCACGCCCAGCAGCGUUGGCGGGCACUCCAUCAAUGUGGAGUACAAUGGCUUUGCCGUGCAGGGCACCCCUUUCCUGGCCAAGUCCUACGAUGCCAGCAAGGUGGUUGUGGGCAGCGUCUCGCGUGGCACUAUGGGACGUCCAGUGCAGUUCACAGUGGAUGCGGGCGAUGCCGGCGAGGGCAAUCUCGAGAUAACAAUAUCGGCGAAGGGUCAGAACAUUCCCACACAGGUGCAUCCACAGGGCAGUGCAAGAUUCAGCGUUUCGUUUGUGCCCACGGAAUCGUGUGAGCAUACGAUCAACGUAUCCUUCAAUAAAAUGCCCGUGCCUGGCUGUCCUAUUACGGUCAGUGUCAGCGGUGGCGUGGCUGGUCCGCAAGUAUCGCUCGGCGGUCCUGGGCCAGUGCAUCAGACCAAUUCUUUUAUUAUCAAUCACAAUGGCGGCCGUUUGGAAGACAUUGAGGUCAACGUUGAAGGUCCAGCGGGCCAAUCGGUUCCAGCGCAGGUUCAUCAGUCUGCCGAGGGCGUCUUCAAGGCGGAGUUUGUGCCGCGCGUUGUCGGCGAGCAUCGCGUCAAUGUAACGGUUAAUGGCCUGCCCACUGCCGGCAGCCCCUAUGCCGCCAAGGUCUACGAUGUGAGCGCCAUCAAGGUGAAGAACGUAAGCAGCGGCACUGUGGGCAAACCGGUGACGUUCCUCGUGGAAACAUCGCAAGCCGGGCCGGGAAAUCUGGAGGUGACAGUAAACGGCGGACGCGUGCCAACCUCAGCUCAGGCGCAGGGCCAACACACCUACGCCAUAAGCUUCACUCCGCGCGAGGCCGAGAGCCACACCGUGGAGCUGCGCUUCAACAGCCAGGAUGUGCCCGGAUCGCCCUUCACUUGCCGCGUUGCGGCAGCUGCACGCAUACAGUCCGCCGAGACGAUGGACAAGGUGAGCGUGGGCAGACUCUUCGAGUUCGCCGUGGAGUCGGACGCAAAGCCCAACGUGGAGGUGCUGGGCCCGGCACGCCGCAGCGUGCCUGUGAAGAUCGAUGCGCUGGCCAAUCAGUUGGGCUAUAAUGUCAAGUUCGAGCCCAUGGAAGUGGGCGACCACUCGGUGGAAGUGCGCUUGCCCGGCGGCGGCGGUCAUGUCGAAGGCAGUCCCUUCCUGCUCAAGGCUUACUCCGCGGAGAAGGUCAUUGUCACAGACAUUCGUCCUGGUGUGGUCAACAAGAGCGUCAGCUUCGGCAUCAAUGCCUCCCAGGCGGGUGCUGGCAAUCUGGAGAUUAUUGUCGCCGUCAACGGCAAGAAUGUGCCCAACUUUGUGCAGUCCGAGGGCAAUGCGCGCUUCAAAGUGAACUUCAAGCCCACCGAGGCGGCCGCCCAUUCGCUCUCCGUGCGCUUCAACGGGCAUCCGGUGCCGGGUUCGCCUUUCAGCUGUCACAUUGCUGCGGCGCCUGCCAGCAGCAAUGGCUUGGGCGGCGGCGGCGCUCCACGCGCGCAGGCCUUAGGCGAGUGCCUGAAGCAGGCAGCCGUCAAGCUGGACAACACCUUCGAGCUGGAAGGCUUUGAGGGCGUGGAGCCGCAGAUCUUUGUCACCUCGCCCGCCGGCGAUAACGAGCACUGUCAGCUAAGCCAGCAUCAGGAUGGCGGUGGCAGCUACAGCGCCAGUUUUCGCCCCAGCACAGUGGGACGUCAUCUCAUCAGCGUGCUGGCCAACGAUCAGCACAUCAACGGCUCGCCCUUCAGCUGCAAUGUGUUCGAUGUCAGUCGCGUCAGCAUCAGCGGCUUGGAGCAGCAAUAUGGACCGGCAAGCCUGGGGCUGCCUGUGACCUUUAGCGUGGAUGCGGCAGGCGCUGGAGAGGGCACCUUGGAGCUAGUCGUCUCGACCGACAGCAGCACAGUCAAGGCCGAGGUGGUGGCCUGCGCACGUGGCCUCUACGACGUGACCUUCGUGCCGCAGAGCACGGAUCCGCAUUAUGUGAACAUAACGUUCAACGAGGUGGCCGUGGAUGGAAGUCCCUUCCGCGUGGACAUUCAGCAGCACACACAGCAUCUGCAGCUGGGCAGUCUGGCGGCCAUUGACUUUCCCGCCGACGAUCAAAUCGUGGAGAUCCUGGCGCCGGACCAGAAGCCAGUGCCGUACACCAUCAAUCGCCAGACUGCGGAGUUCCGCACCCAUCUGGUGGGCAACUACACGCUGCGCUUCAUAGAUCGCGAGACCAGACAGCACAUUGGCAGCCGCACGCUCUGCGUCUUCGAUCCGCAGCUGGUGAAGAUCACCGAGGUGGGCGAAGCCUUCUGCCACAGACCGGCCAGCAUUAGCGUCUCGCUGAAUGAAGCCGGCCAAGGCGACUUGGCUGCUCUGGUGCGCUGUGGCGUCAACGAGGUGCCGCACACCAUACGCGGCCCCAAUAAGUCUGGCGUCUACGAGAUCGUCUACCAGCCCACGCGUCUGGCGCCGCACAAGAUUUGCAUACUCUUCAAUGACGUGCCCAUUUCAUUGAAGCCCCUCGAGAUCAACGUGAUGACUGCCAGCGCCAGCAAGGAAAUCAGCGUCAGCGGCUUGGGCUUGUACCAGGCGCGCGUGGGCAAGACCACCAGCUUUGCUAUAGACACGGUGAAGCGUCCGGCGCGCGAGUUCGAUGUCGUCGUCAGCGGUCCAGGUGGACAGGCGCUGCCUGUGCGCUGCUACCAGACCAAGAACGGUCAGCUGCAGGCGGAGUUCAGCAUCAGCAAGCCGGGACAGUGUGUCAUAGAGGUGCUGCAUCAGUCCAAGCCGUUGCCGGGCAGUCCGUUCACCUGCGAGGCCUUCGACGCCAGCAAAGUGAGCGUGCAAGGCGUCACCAAGGAGCCGCUGGCGCUGCAUGCCGCCAACAGCUUCACCGUGCGCACGGACGCGGCGGGAACUGCGGAGCUGGAGGCCUUCGCAAUCUCGCCCAGCAACCAGAGCCUUCCCGUGCUCAUUCGCGAGCAGUCGACGGGCAUCUACAACGUGGACUUUGUGCCCUCGCAGCCGGGCAGCUACAAGCUGACCCUAAUGUAUGGCGGAGAGACCAUUCCCAGCUCGCCGUUGACUUUCAGCGCGUCCUCGAGUGGCUCGAGGAAUGAUGCGCGAGCCGCUGGUCAUGGCUUGGAGGUUUGUCACCGCAAUAAGGAGGCUUCGUUCGUGGUCUACUGCCCGAUUGCGCCCAAUGUGCAGAUCGAGCGUGUGGACGAGUUUGGCGAGCGCAUCGAGCCCAAGAUUAAGGCGCUGGGCAACAACGAGUGGCGCAUCUCGUACGUUAUACUCACGGUGGGACACUACGAGAUACGCGCCAGUUGUCCCAAUCGCGGCAGCUUGCCGGGCUCGCCGUGGCGCAUUGCCUGCGUGGAGUCCACCAAGGUGCAACCGGUUGGCGGUUGGGGAACUCUGGUGGAUCACGAUGGGCGGCUCAUACUGCCGGCGCGCAUUGUUUUCGAUGUGGAGAACGCUGGACCCGGCAAGCUGGUCUGCAGCAUCGAUGGCAUUGAGGAGAUUCCCGUGGACAAGCUAACCGACGGCAAGAUGUGCCUGAACAUCACGGGCGAGCAACUGGCUGCUGGCGAGCAUGAUCUGGACCUCACCUGGAGCGGCCUGACCGUAACCCAAUGUCCACGCAGCGCUUUUGUUACGGGCCAGCAGGCCGCCGAUAAAGUUGUGCUUAUGGGUCGCGGCUUGGCCGCUGCCCAGGCCGGUGAGGCGGCUCACUUUACCAUAGACGCCUCCAAUGCGCCAGCAGGUCGCCCAGAAGUCAUACUCGUCACACACGAUCAGACCGCCCUCCCGGUGAGUCUGGCUCAGCCACGUCCUAGCGAGAAUAUCUGGCUGGCCUCCUACACGCCGCAGAAGUCCAUGGCGGGAACAUUGACGCUAUCCGUCAAAUGGAACGGUCGCCUGGUCAAGGGCUGUCCACUUACUGUGGCUGUUGGCUCCUCAAUGGAUGCUUCCAAGGUGAUUGCCUCUGGCGAGGGGCUACGUCACGGCAUUGUCGGCAAGGACAUCAAGUCCUGGAUAGAUACGCGUCGCGCCGGACCAGGCGAGCUAACGGCCCAUUGUGCGGGUCCACGUAAGGUCGCCUACUGUGAGCUCUACGAUCAUGGCGACGCCACCUUCACAUUAAAUAUCAAGCCCCAAGAGCCGGGACGGCAUCUGCUCACCAUCAAAUACGGCGGUGUGAAUGUGCCGGGCUCGCCAUUUGCGCUUAAAGUUGCCGGUGCACCCGACGCCAGCAAGGUGCGCGUUUAUGGACCCGGCAUUGAGCACGGCGUAUUGGCCACAUUCCAGUCGCGCUUUAUAUGCGAUACGCGUGGAGCUGGUGCUGGACAGCUGACAGUGCGCGUUCGUGGCCCCAAAGGUGCCUUCCGUGUGGAAAUGCAGCGCGAGUCCCAAAAGGACAGGACAAUACUCUGCAAGUACGAUCCAACGGAGCCAGGCGAUUAUCGCGUGGAAGUCAAGUGGGCUGGCGAAUUUGUACCUGGCUCGCCGUUUCCCGUGAUGAUCUUCGACACAGAGGAGGAGUUGCGGCGUUACUUGCAGGGCAUAUGAGGCCAGCUCAAUCAUCCAACCAUCAUUGUCUUCCCCAGUGGCCUCAGCUCACCCAUACGCUAUCAGUCUGCGCUGCCACAACGACGUGGCAGCUGCGUGCCUCUCUAGCAG